AUGUUCCUCUUCACUUUGGUGCUUGGGGUGCUGUUUCUACCAGAAGCUGACAGCCUGAAAUGUACAUGUGAAGAAAGCCUUGGAUUUUGCUCCAAUGGAACAAUUGAAUGUUCCUCACAGAACUAUAGUUGUUCAGCAGCAACAGUCAUAUUUCAUGGUAAGUAUUUAUCAGGUAAUACGGUUACUGAGCAGAACUCCAAAGGUUGCAUUAAGUCUGAACUGUGUCUUGACUACUCUGUCAGCAAUGGAGUUUACAGAGUUUUACAAAAGACCAGCUGCUGCAGUGGAGAUCUCUGCAACGCCAACAUUACCUACCCAAAACCUGACUACAAGUCCACUUCAAAUGGAAAAAAGUGUUUCAGCUGUGACGGAGAAAACUGCACGAAAACCCUUAACUGUGUGGGAGAUGAAAGUCACUGCUUCACAGUAACAAGAAAUGCACAAGGAGUAACCGUGAUGAUGAAGGGAUGUGCCUCUGACAAGGUGUGCUCAGAUAAGUCAACUUCAGUGUCCUCUGGACAGUUACCUGGAUCAAAGGUUAGCUGCUGCCAGGGCGACUACUGCAACAGCGCCAGUACUCCCAGUCCCGCCCUGCUGCUCCUGUUGGUGCCUUUGUUGUUUUCUAACUUAUUUUCUUAGCUCAUAGAAACUACUGAAUUUCUGCCAUGUUUUAUUUUUAAUCACAAUUUAUUUGAUAAAUCUGUUCUUUUUAUUUGAAUCUGUCAACAACAUAAUCAAUGUUGUUGAUUCUGGGCUCUGAAAGUUAUAAGCUUUCAAAGCCCAAGAUUGUUAGCUAAGCAACUUCUUUUCUUUUUUUUUUUUGUAAAUAUGUUUAUGCAUUUUUUGUUUAAUAACAACAACAACAAAACACAAAACAAACCAAAAGCUCAGCAGUGCAGUCCAGAGACAAAAGGAACUAA